UGUUACAUACAGAACACACCUGUGUUCGUUUAGACAUAAAAAAUGGCCAGUAAAAAAGAAAUUUUUGAAAAUAAUUCGAAACCAAAAGUGAACAAGUCAAAAAAGUGUUGUGAAUUUUUAAAUUACGUUGCAUCGUGCGAAAAACACAACGUUUUUUCGGUGAUAAUAGCCACAAUAGCAAUAGGGAUUAUUUUGUUUAUAAGUUUAGAUGAGUGUAGAAAAUGUUUUAAUAAUACAAAAGAAAUAAAAUGUUCACAACAAAAAAUACAAAUAGUUGAAAGUGAGAAACGAAAAGUUUUUGGGGUUUACACGUUAACCAACGACGAUGGAUUUUUACACAAUUUAUUUGAUGUUUUGGAGAAGGUGGGAUAUCAAAAAAAAGAUUUUGAAGAAUCGGAUAAUUGGGAUUUACUUUGGGCGCAUGCUUAUCCGUUUAGAAGUUUAUAUUCAAAGUUGAAUAAUUUAAAACCGCAUCAAAAAGUUAAUCAUUUUCCGGGGUGUGGGUACAUAACAAACAAAGUUGAUUUAGCAACAAGUGGAUUAAAAUAUAUUCCACCUGCGUUUAAACUUCCAGAACAUAAAGAGAAAUUACUAGAAUAUGUUCGAACUAAUCCGAAGAAACAAUUCGUUCAGAAAGAUAAUAAUCAUAGGAACAUUAUGAUAAGAAAUAUUUCCGAUAUUGAUUUAAACCAAAACGGAACGUUUAUACAAGAAUUUGUUGACAAACCACUAUUAGUCAGUGGUUAUAAAUUUGAUAUAGGUAUUUAUACAAUUAUAACAUCAGUGAACCCAUUGAGAGUGUACAUUUAUAAUGGUGACGCUUUAUUAAGAUUUUGUCCUGUUGAAUAUUACCCGUUUGACCCAAAAAAUAUCGAUAAGUACGUCGUUGGUGAUGAUUAUUUACCAACAUGGGAAGUUCCCGAUUUAAAAAGUUAUUAUAAAUCUUUAGGAUUUGGAAUGAAAGAGAGUUUGAACGCAUACUUGCGUUCAAAAGGAAAAAACCCCGAUGUUAUUUGGGAACAAAUAGAGGAUUCUUUAAGAAUUGUUAUUAUGAAUAAGGAACCAAAAAUUAUAGAAGUUAUAAAUAGAUUUAAAUCAAAAUCUAACUUCUUUGAAAUGAUGAGAUUCGAUUUUGUUGUUGAUGAAGAUUUAAAAGUUUAUUUAAUGGAAGCUAAUAUGAGCCCAAAUUUAUCAUCUGCUCACUUUCCACCUAAUAAACUACUAUUUGAACAAGUUAUUUAUAACUUGUUGAGUAUAGUCGGUAUAAGUCAAAGAAUAUUUAAAGAUACAUUAGCGAUGAACGAAAAUGAAACAAGAAUGGUAUCACAUAACAAAAACAUUGCGGUUUAUCCCAAAGAAUGUAACAGUGAUUUAUGUAAUAAUUGCGAAGAUGAUUUAAUUUGUGGAUUGUGCCAACAAUGUUUAUCAAAGGAGAUGCGAUUGGAUUUAUUAACAGCUUAUAAUGAGCAUAUGAAUAAAGCAGAUUGUAAACGAAUUGUGCCCCCACCAAUGGCUAAAGAUGGAACGAUUCCAGAAAAUUAUUCCCCAAAAAAUCAAUUAAUGUAUAAAUGGUUCCUAGGAAAGUGUUUAAUGGAUAAAAGUUGGUGUAAUUAAAAUGUAAUUGUUUAAGAAAAAUA